CCCAGAAUGGAAUCGAGACAAUAGGAAUGCUCCAACACGUGUCUGAUCGAUAUCGCUGGGAGAUAAGGGACUUGGAGGAAAGACAGGCCAUGGUAUGUCGAUGAAGCGAAGAGCACGCCCAGAUGUCGAGGCAGUGGAUGAAAGGGAAUUCCACCGUUCCUGGUAUGAUGUCCAGCCCUCUCGGGAAACUCUGGCCUCGUUAUCCCAUGCAGUUGCGUUUGUCCGUGCGGAUCGAGGCAGAGGAUUAUGUGGAGGGGGUUCGGCUGCUGGAGGGGGCGGACCGGUCUUGGGAGGUGGUUUUGUGUACGAUUGCCAGGAGUACGACCCCUGACCUUUCUCUCUGGCCACUCGUUCACGCUCUUCCCGUAAUUGACGCUCACGUUGCUCUCGAUCACGCUCGGCAGCACGCAAUCGCUCCUCGGUUUCUAAUCGCUCGCGUUCGGCUUGCUCUCGAGCUGCUUCAGCUUCCGCCCAAAGCCGCUCAUGAUCACGCCAAGCACGAAUUUUCUCAAGCUCCUUGCGCACACGCCAAACAAUCCACUCCUCGUGUGCGCGUCGAAGCUUUUCGAGUCGUUCUGGGCGAUCCGCAAGACGAAGCUCCUCGUUUUUCAAAAAGUUUUCUUCUUUCGCGAUCUCGGCAAGCAUCUGUUUUGCACUCGCUUCCUCCUGUGCUCGCCAGCCUCCUGGAGGGGGCGGAUAUGGGGAUCCACCAGGAGGGCCGUUAGGUUUGAAAGAUGACGAUUUUGUGUAGGAGUAACUGGUGUUUGGGGGUUUAGUAUGUGAACGGGGGAAGGAAGAGUGGGUAGGUGAGGGUUGUCGAGAGGAAUAGGUGGUAUUCAUGUACUGCGAAGGCUACUCUUGCAAUCAGUCUUUGCCUGGGCCCUGAUGAAAACGGAGGUGUGAGCCUUCUCGUGCGCCUUACCGUCCACAAUAGAGGAAAUGAAGUGGAUCGGUAAUUUUUUAUGAAGUUCCUUUUUCGUGAUCGUUAAGCUCGUGAGCAGACGUAUUACGAU